GGGGAAAUCCUUCUUCUACUUAACUUAAACUUUUUCCUUUGGAUUGUCAUUGACACUUCUGUCUUCAUUCGUCUUUUUUUUUUAUGAAAAGGAAAGAGAUCCCUUAUUUAUUCGCUCGCCGCUAAAAAUAUUCAUCUUCACAUCAGCUCUGGCGCGGGAGUUGUUUACUUGUUUUUAUUGGGGAAGUCAACAAUAACAAUAUAAACUUUGCGCCUAUCGUACCAGCUACCAUCUCACCAUCUUGUCCUCGAGUAUUCACCACCACCAUCGCACUUGCCUACAACAUCAAUACACCUUCCAUCCCUUCAUAUUUACAAGCUCGAGCUCGCGACUGCCAGAAUAGCUUGGUGCCGUUGUGUGCUUGAUUCCACGAUGCCUCCUUCCUCCCAAUUGAAGUACGGCCAAAUCAUCGAGUACAUCCCAGACCGAUUGUAUUUGGCAUCUUACACCACGCCUCCCUCACCCGACACUCUCUUCCCGUACCCGGAGCAACAGAGCUCUCGACGAUCUCCGACAAAGCGGUCAGCAAGAGCUGCAGAUGGACCUUCGGUCGUUUCAGACAAGAGAGAACCACCUCAUUACUUCUCCGUUGAUGAUACCCUCCUCUACAAUGCCUUUCACCAUGACUUCGGACCAUUACACAUUGGCCAUCUCUACAGGUUCGCGGUUCAAUUCCACGACAUCCUUGGCGCUCCAGAAAAUAAGAACAAACCUGUCGUGUUCUGGAGUAAAGCUGAUGCGCGUAGUCGAGCCAACGCUGCAUGUCUCCUAGCCACGUAUAUGGUCUUGAUCCAAUCAUGGGCACCACAUCUCGCGCUUGCGCCAAUCGCUCAAGCAGACCCACCCUUGAUGCCUUUCCGCGAUGCAGGAUACAGUCAAGCAGAUUAUGGCAUUACAGUUCAAGACGUUGUGUAUGGUGUCUGGCGCGCAAAGGAGCAAGGGUUCUGCGCUUUGCCGCAAUUCGAUCUCGAGGAAUAUGAAAGAUAUGAGCGCGUGGACCAGGGUGAUUUCAAUUGGUUGACCCCCGAUUUCCUUGCAUUUGCUUCCCCACAGCAUCACCCGGUGCAACCAAUACUUCCUUCUUCUCCACUGUAUGCGAGUUUGCCAACAACUUUGGAAGACGUGGAUACCCACCCAACCUUACCCACACCUUUCAAAAAUGUUUUGAAGCAUUUCACAUCGCGAAACAUUGGCUUAGUGGUUCGCUUGAACUCGGAAUUAUACUCUCCAUCUUUUUUCACGGCGCUGGGCAUUGAACAUUUGGACAUGAUCUUUGACGAUGGCACGUGUCCACCACUGAGUGUUGUUCGAAAGUUCAUUACUUUGGCACAUGAGAUGAUUACUGUUCAGAAGAGGGGCAUUGCCGUGCAUUGCAAAGCUGGACUUGGACGAACGGGAUGUUUGAUUGGAGCAUAUUUGAUCUACCGAUAUGGAUUCACUGCCAACGAGAUCAUUGCUUACAUGCGCUUCAUGAGACCGGGAAUGGUCGUUGGUCCUCAACAACAUUGGCUUCACCUUAACCAAGGAACUUUCCGAGAGUGGUGGAUUGAAGAGCAAUUCGAGAUCAGAAUGAAGGAGAAGCUCGCCAAUAUGGCUCCAGUCACUCCAAGAAAGGGACAUUACACAAGCAAGAGUCAAGUUGUGACUCCUCCAAAUGGCAAUCAAAGAACCCCGCUUGGUGAAGUGGACAAUGAGAGAAGUCACAGCAUUGGAGCCCAGGAGGAUUACUUGCCGGCACCAACUCCAGGUCAACCAAGAAAAACAGGCAGAAUUGAUCGACACCAUCCAUAUGGCCGUCAUGGUUCGGCGUACUCCGAAGAUGACAGCACACAUCAUGAAACGGAAGUCAUCUCAAUUCAUCGGUCAUCAACUGAUACCACUGAAUCUGAAGAGGAAUGGCAACUCCGGAUGCGUACCCGUAAAUCAUCGAGAUCUCCAGCCCGAAGCGAGAGGUCAGGGAGAUCCAUAAGUCAAACUACUACGACAAUCUAUACAUCCAUCGAUGACAGUAGCUACGACGUUGAGAACAUUGGUUCCGGAGCUAGACCCAAGACACCAUCUACCGUCAAAUCAGGUAGUGGCUCACUUGGAAAAGUUCGCGGCAGCCCUAAGCGUAGUGGCGAUAGUCUCCGAAAUAAAGAAACUUCUGGGGCAGUUCGCAAAACCAGUGGGAGAGUUGGCAGUGCUAGCACUCGCAAAGUCUCCGGCUUGUAAAUGAUUCACGAUACAAAAUCAAUUCCUGUACUGUAUAGUACCUUCGACAUGCAUUUUAGAAUUCUGGCGUCCAUGUUGUCGUUGCAGCAUAUAUGAAACAAAUGCGGAAAGGGUGUGUGGCGUUAUCAAAUUAAACUUUGUCAUUUGCUAGUGCAGAUGUUGAGCAUAGUGUCAGGCUUGUUUGGUCUCUUUUUGGCAUUUACAACUGCUUGUUUUGUCUAUUGGAUGGAGUCAUAUUUGGGAUUUUGUUCAUCUUUUCCCACGUCUAUCUUGGACUUUAAUGAUGAGGGUGACUAUGGGUUGGAUGGGUAUAUUGAAAGUGGCGCGUGGUGAGGGGCAAGGUGGGAGCUGGUGGGGAAAUGGUGGCUUUUCUAGAAAUCUCUUGCUUUAGGUUGGGUCUGGGUUUGGGGUAUGGAGUGGCAUUUGUCUAUUGGCUGUCUUGAUUGGUUGUUUGUUCUUUUUACAAAGCUAUUACGAGAUCAUGAGAGUUGAGAACGGUAUGGUUCUGUCUAUGCCUGAAUAUAUGUAAGUAGCCUGGGCUACUUGCUAUAUAACAUACAUACGUACGUUAGUACUACACAUGGUAGAAUUAAAUUCAAUCAUUAUGAAGAAAGCA